CCCUUCCGCGGGAUCCUAAGCUCCGCCCGCUAUCUUUCCCCCCUCUCUCCUCCUCGAGCCCGGCGCGAGGCCUACUGCUUCGGGGACCAACGCGGCUACCUUCCUCCCUCCCUGCCUACCUGAAUCUAGCAUUGGCUGCAGAGGUGGAAGAUGGCUCGGGGACCAAAGGUGUUCCUUCUGAUAAACAGAUCAUGGGGACAUUCCUUCUGGCUGCCUCGCCUGUGACUGAAGGAAGCAAAAGCAAGCCGCAGCUCAAGGGAAACAUCUUUGACUUGAACUUCUAGCAGCAACAUUCCAAAGCAUACUCAUCUCUCUCAAUGUGCAGCUGUACCCAGGACAAAACUGCAUCACAUUCCAAGUCUUAUAUGUGAUACUCUCCAAUGCUUCCAGGUUUGAAACUUCUGAGCAUCAACCAGCUGACAUUUGUCUGACAACAAUGAAGUUGCUGCUGGUUUUUGAUUUUGACCAUACAAUUAUUGAUGAAAACAGUGAUACCUGGAUUGUGAAAUGUGCACCUAAUGGUAAACUUCCUGAUGAAAUAAGAAACUCCUAUCAGAAAGGACACUGGACAGAAUACAUGGGCAGAGUUUUCAGAUUCCUGGGAGACAGUGGAAUAAGGGAAGAAGAGAUGAAAAGGACUAUGACAACAAUACCUUUCACAGAAGGAAUGAAAGAUCUCCUAGAAUUUGUUGGCAAACACAAAGACUUAUUUGAUUGUAUAAUCAUAUCGGAUUCCAAUGCAAUAUUUAUUGAUUGGAUCUUAAAAGCUUCUAAUUUUUGUCAAGUAUUUAAUGAAGUGUUUACAAAUCCUGCAAGUUUCAACGGAUUCGGCUAUCUUACUGUGGAGAAUUUUCAUGCUCAUAAUUGUGCACAGUGUCCCGUAAAUCUCUGCAAGAGGAAAGUCUUAGAAGAAUUCUUAGAAAACCCUUCAAAACAGAGGAUGAAAUAUUCCCAGAUUUUAUACAUAGGUGAUGGUGGCAAUGAUCUGUGCCCGGUAAUGCGCUUAAAAAAGGAUGAUGUUGUUAUGCCAAGGCAUGGGUAUAGGUUACAGAAAAUGGUUUCUCAGUUGUCUCAGGAUCUUGUUCCUUUGGAAGCUUCAAUUGUCACCUGGUCAUCUGGUAUUGAGAUACUGGCCUAUUUAGAAUUACGUAUAAAAUGAUAAAGAAAAUGAUCCAGUCAAUAGUAAUGAAUAAUAAUAAAUUGGUGCUGGUAUCUCAGUCUUCUCAUGCUACGGCCA